CGGAACAGUCGUGAUCCGGCAACGGCGGGAAGUCUGAGAAGGGAAUAGCCGCUCAGGAGGCGUCCAGCAAGAAAAGGAGACCAGUGACAAGUGAGAACACGUAUUCAUUGGUCUUGCGCUUCUGCAGUACGGUUGCACAUCGAGUGCCACCAACAACGUCUGCAAUAUGAAUGUUGUUGAAGGGUCCACGGACACAGGUCCGGGCCUCUCACGUGUACGAAACUUGUCCUUGCCCAUGAGAACUAGGAUUGCAACGAACCGUUUCAACGCUCGGGCCUCUCCAGGUAGAGAUGAGACUCAUCUGUGCAGACGUUGUCACCUGUUGUUACAGCUAUUUUGGUGCUACAAGGCUGAACCAUGAGGGAGCUUUAAGACUCUCACAUCUACGCCAUCAUACUGUGGACUCGAUUGACAGGACUUUUCGCAUUCAUCGCCAAACAAUCUGCGCAUUCUCCGACACAGUUGCAACAAACACACCAACCCUUCAAGAUUGAUCCCAGCUUCCUACUAAAAUCAUCAACAACAUGCGUCGAUCACGAGCUCAGACUUCUCCUCCUCCAAGAACAGAGUCUCCACCAACCUGCUCUUGCACCACCCCAAUUUGCAGAGCACCCGUACAGCAUCGCAUGAUCCAUCUCCACGACGACAAUGACAACGACAACGACAACGACACAUUAGACGUCAUGUCUGCUUCCACAUUAGUCGCAACAGCUCUCUUGUUGACGCCCGUCACUACCCUCCAAGCCAAAUCCAUUUCUACAACCCCUUUACGAUCGCUUCUGGUUCUCAACGUUCAAGAUUCUAUUGAGACGAAAAAAUCGAGAUCGAGAUCGAUGACUUGGUUGAAUGGGUUUAAGAGGAAUCGGACGACUUCUGUUGCGAGUUCGACGAGUUCUUCUUCUUCUUCUUCAUCAUCACGAUCAUGAUCAUCAUGAAUUUUAUGGACGAUUGUUAUUUUUCUUUGUUAUUAGCGAGGGUUGACUGAGUUCUCGCUUGGGCUUGAUGGGAGUGACGACUUCGAGUGUAUAUCCAACUUUUUUUCUUUCAUAACGAAUUUUCCUUUUUUGGGGGAAACUGCGCUGGACGUACGUAUCGAAG